UAGCCUACACACACAUAUAUUAAAACACAUCCUCCUCUGUUCUAUUUCCAUCAUCAUCAUCAUCACCACCUUCUUCAUUCUCAUCCUUUGCACCACAAUAACAAUUCAGCUUUUUAGGGAUUCAAAUAUCAGAACUGUUUUAGGUCUUCGAUUUUUUUCGAAGGCCACCAUUAUUAGGAUUGAACUGUUUUCUGAUUGAAGUCUUAGACACUGACAGAACUAAAAGACUAUGGGAAAUCGUGGGCAAAAACGAGCUGAGAUGCCUGACGAAUUGCCGGCAGAUAAGAGGGCUUGUAAUUCUUCGGAGUUUAAGCCAAGUUCAUCCAACUCAUCAAUUCAAACUCAUGUUAAUUCCACUAAUUCUACACCCGAAGCACGGGAAGCUGAUAUGGACACUUCAUCCUCUGCUUCAACUUCGGGUUCAGCUUCAAGCCAAUCAGAGGAGGAAGAUCCUGACAGGGAUUCAGCUUAUGGCUCUUGUGAUUCUGGUGGUGGAAUAGCAAGACAGAGUAGUUUGCGCCAUGUGCAGAGGCAGAGAUCACUUGGCGAUAAUGGAAGACUGACUACUGUUUUAUCCAAUUUGACUGAGGGGACUGAGCCUUCAGGGAAAUUAGCGGCUCUUGCAGAAUUGUGUGAAGUUCUAUCAUUCUGUUCCGAUGAUUCUCUUUCUGGUAUGAUGGCAGAUUCAUUAUGCCCAGUUCUUGUUCAGCAUGCGAGGAAUGAGAGCGACCCGGAUGUUAUGUUGUUGGCUAUAAGAGCUUUAACUUAUCUAUGUGAUUUGUUUCCUCGAGCAUCUGGUUUUCUUGUUAGACAUGAUGCGGUUACUGUUCUUUGUCAAAGAUUGAUGGCCAUCGAGUACUUAGAUGUAGCUGAACAGUGCUUGCAAGCAUUGGAGAAAAUAUCAAGGGAACAGCCACUGCCAUGCUUACAGGCUGGAGCCAUUAUGGCUGUUUUAAGUUUUAUAGACUUCUUCUCCACAAGUGUACAAAGGGUUGCACUUUCAACAGUGGUUAAUAUAUGCAAGAAGUUACCGACUGAACGCCAUUCUCUUUUCAUGGAGGCUGUUCCGACAUUAUGCAAUCUUCUACAGUAUGAGGAUCAACAGGUUGUUGAAAGUGUAGUUGUUUGCUUGAUAAAAAUAGCAGAGAGAGUCAGCGAGUCUCCUGAGAUGCUUGAUGAACUUUGUAAGCAUGGAGUAGUGAAUCAAGCUGCAAAUUUGUUACACUUGAACGGCCGAACCACUCUAUCCCAACUGAUAUUCAAUGGUUUGCUUGGGCUACUUGUCAAACUUGCUUCUGGUUCAUUAGCUGCUUUUAGGUCUCUCUAUGAGCUUAACAUUAGCAGCACUUUAAAGGACAUAUUAUCUGCUUAUGAUGUAACACAUGGAAUGUCUUCCCUCUAUACUGUAGAUGGGCAAAGCAAUCAGGUACAUGAAGUUCUGAAGCUGCUAAAUGAGCUUCUUCCUCCCGUACCAAAGGAUCCAAAUCAACAAGAAGUGUCAGAUAAAGAAUCAUUUUUACUUAAUCACCCUGAUCUCUUGCUUAAGUUUGGGUGUGAUAUACUACCCAUGUUGGUCCAGGUGGUUAAUUCUGGUGCAAACUUGUAUGUUUGCUAUGGCUGCCUAUCUAUUAUCAAAAAGUUGGUUAAUUUCAGCAAAUCCGACAUGCUUGUUGAAUUACAUAAGAAUGCAAACGUUCCAAGUUUCCUGGCUGGUGUUCUUACACGGAAGGAUCACCAUGUGCUGAUAUUGGCCCUGCAAAUUGCUGAGAUACUUUUGCAGAAGCUCGCAGAUAUGUUCCUGAAGUCUUUCAUCAAGGAGGGUGUUUUUUUUGCCAUUGAUUCUCUAUUGAUGCCAGAAAAAAGUUCAGACUUAAUGUUCCCAUUAUGUAAUAGCAUCCAGCUGCCAUCUGAGCCCAGUCAAAAUUUUGCCUCAAAGGCUGUUCUAAGAUGCUUAUGCUAUGCAGUUGACACUGGUCAGUCUCUUCUCGCCUCAGAAACAGCAACAUGCAAGCUUGACAAAGAUAGUGUUAAAAGCAUUGCAGAGCACAUAAAGUCCACUUACAUGGCUCCUGAUUUUUGUGACUCUGAGCAUGAAGUGACAGAUAUCCUGCGGAAGCUCGGAGAACUUUCUGCUUCAUUGAGUGAUAUAAUGAAUAUGUCUGCAAAGGUUGAUGUUUCCAGUCAAGAUGAGGAAAGAUUUUAUUGUUUAUUAUAUCAAGUUAUGGAAAAGCUGAAUGGAAGAGAAUCUGUUUCUACUUUUGAAUUUAUUGAAAGUGGAAUUGUGAAAUCAAUAGUAAAUUACAUAACAAAUGGUCUGUAUCUUAGAGAAAGAUUAGAACUUGAUAAACAUGCCCAUUAUUAUGUUGUGGAAAAAAGAUUCGAGGUGCUCGCUAGGCUCUUUUCCUAUAAUUCAAGCCUCGCCGAAGAGUUGCCAGUGACAGUUUUGGUAAGAAAACUGCAAAGUGCAUUAUCUUCUUUGGAGAAUUUCCCUGUUAUUUUGACCAAUUUAUCUAAUAAGCAAAGGAACUGGUACAUAACUGUUCCUCAUGGACGUUGCAUUCCUUACCCGUGCCUGAAACUUCAUUUCUUGAGGGGAGAAGAGGAGCAAUAUCUUUCUGACUAUUCGGGUGAUGCUGUCACUGUUGAUCCAUUUUCUUCUUUGGAUUGCAUUGAAGGAUUUUUGUUACCUAAAGUUAGAAGAAAAAGAACUGAACAAAAAGAAGCAGUUGCUCAAGUGUUGGAUCCAAUGGAAAGUGCACAGUAUGAAAUUCCCUCAAAUAUGGAAUCUAGCCAAGGUGAAACUUCAGCUCAUCUGCAGUCCGACAGCACAUCCAUUGAUUUGUCCAAGAUGCAGGAGGGUGAGGCUAAAUUAUCAGAGUCAUCACUGGAACAGUUUGUAAAUUCUCAAAUGAGAAAUCAUGGCAAAAUUUCACCUUCACAUGAUACUGACGCAGCUUCUGCAGAGCAGGUAAUGCAAGCAGACAUCAGUAGAAAAUGUCAGAAUUCCCCAUCCUCUGGCAAGGAUGAUGCUGUACCAAAACUGGCAUUUUAUCUGGAAGGAGAAGAGUUGAACCGGUCUUUGACACUAUAUCAGGCAAUUCUCCAGCACAAAAUCAAAGCUGACCAUGAAUUUAAUUUGGGAGCAAAACUUUGGAGUCAAGCAUACACACUCACUUAUAGAAUAGCUGCAAAAUGUGAAGAUGAUAAUCCUGAAGAAUGUCAAAAUUCAGCUCAAACUUCCUCUAUUUUGGAUAAGAUAGACAACUAUAUGCAGUGCACUUCAUUUUUCACCAGCAUGCUUAAUUGUGAGCUUACUUGUGACUUGGACAAGUCGAGCCCUACUUAUGCUAUAAUAUUCAUGCUUAAAAGUUUGGAGGGCUUGAACAGGUUUACAUUUCACCUGACAUCUCAUGCAAGAGUGCAUGCAUUUUCUGAAGGGCUAAUUGAUAACUUGGAUAAUUUAAGGGUAGCAGUUCAUUCAGUCUCACAAAAUGAGUUUGUGAGCAGUAAGUUAACAGAAAAACUGGAACAACAGAUGAGGGACUCUUUGGCUGUGAAUGUAGGUGGUAUGCCCUUGUGGUGCAAUCAGCUUAUGGCUUCAUGCCCUUUUUUGUUCAGCUUUGAGGCAAGAUGUAAUUACUUCAGGUUGUCAGCAUUUGGACCUCGGCCAGUUCAAGCAGACAAUUCAGGAAUUUCAAGAGAUUGGCGCACAGGUUCAGGCAGUUCGCCAGGCAAGAAGUUUGUAGUUUGGCGUGACAGGAUUCUGGAGUCUGCUUCCCAAAUGAUGGACCUUUAUGCUCAUGUGAAAGUCCCUGUUGAAGUUGUAUACAAUGAAGAAGUUGGGAGCGGUCUUGGUCCGACAGUGGAAUUCUAUACUCUGGUCAGUCAUGAGUUUCAAAAAUCCGGUCUUGGCAUGUGGAGGGAGGACCAUAAUUUAUUUGCAGAUAGGAAAGGAUUGCAUAUGGAGGAUGCUGAAAUUCUGAUGUCCUCUUUUGGCUUUUUCCCUCGUCCUUGGUCACCAAUGCUAGAUACAUCUUAUGGGAUGCAGUUUUCUGAAGCUAUUAAGAACUUUGUCCUGAUGGGUCAAAUGGUAGCAAAGGCUCUUCAAGAUGGAAGAGUCUUUGAUCUGUCAUUCUCCAAAGCCUUCUAUAAGCUUAUUCUUCAGCAGGAACUUAAUUUGUACGAUAUUCAGUCAUUUGAUCCCGAAUUGGGCAGGACACUGUUAGAGUUUCAGGCUCUGGUUCAGAGGAAGAAGUUCUUGGGAUCAGCUUUAGGAGAAAACUCAUGUUCAACAUUUGAUGCAUGCUUUCGGAAUACCAGAAUUGAGGAUCUCUCUCUUGACUUCACUCUUCCUGGAUAUCCUGAUUACAUUCUUCACCAAGAUCACAAAAUGGUAAAUAUGGAUAACUUGGAAGAGUAUAUCUCUCUUGUUGUGGAUGCUACUAUACAUGCUGGAAUUUCCAGACAAGUUGAAGCUUUCAAGUCUGGAUUUAAUAAGGUUUUCCCAAUCAAGCAUCUUCAGGUUUUUACCGAGGAGGAACUAGAGCGAUUACUAUGUGGAGAACAUGACAUUUGGGCGUAUAAUGAGCUUUUGGAUCAUAUCAAGUUCGAUCAUGGAUACACUGCUAGCAGUCCUCCAAUAUCUAAUUUAUUGGAAAUUAUGCAAGACUUCAAUCGAGAAAAACAGCGAGCAUUUCUGCAGUUUGUAACGGGGGCACCACGGCUUCCUCUGGGAGGUCUGGCAUCUUUGAAUCCAAAAUUGACAAUUGUCCGGAAGCAUUCUAGCAACUUCGUAGAUUUAGACCUACCUAGUGUGAUGACUUGUGCCAAUUACCUGAAGUUGCCACCUUAUACUUCAAAGGAAAAAAUGGAAGAGAAGCUUUUGUAUGCCAUAACAGAAGGGCAAGGCUCGUUCCACCUUUCGUAGCCGCAUAGAUUGUGAAUUUGUAAGUAUUAGGAUAGGUGCUUAUGUACAGGGAAAAGAAUGAACGGCCGGUGAGCAAGCGCGACACUGCUGGUGGAGGUUUUGGUUAGAAAAGGAGCUGAUUGUUAUGAAACAAGAGGAAGCUCCUCAUCUUCCGCGAUAACACUUUGUUGUGACACGGACAUGGGGUGAAGACAGAGGUAGUUUAGUUUAUAGAGGUUUGGAAGUUGUACAGAGGAAGAGAACUGACUUUCGAACAUUUUAUGGCAGAUCUGUGUACAUACAGAUAGAGCUAGUUGGUGGUUUUUGGAUGGAAAUGGAAAUAUAUUUUGGAUUUUGGGUUUUAGUUUUUUAGUUUUUUAGUUUUAGUAACAUAUUAUUAAUGUGAUUGACAAACUUGCUUAACCCAAGCAUGGCCAGUACACUCUCUUCUGCCUCUUUUUGGCUUGUAUAUAAACUUCUUAUGAUCUA